UAAUUGUGUAUUGCAUCUCUCAUUUUCUAUGCAAACUUAAAAAUAAUAAUUGUAGUCCCGAAUUCCCCGAGAUUUUUAGGCAGUGAGCGGGGAUUUCAGCUGCAGCCGGCUGCGAGAUUUGGCCAGCAAGUAACCACAAGAUCCUGGACGACGACGAGCCGGCAAUGUGCUGGGCAAGAUGUCCCGGCUCGCUGAUUACUUCGUAAUAGUCGGAUACGACAGCGAUAAGGAGAAGACCGCCAGCAAUGUGGGCGGCCAGCCAACGAGCGGCAAGAUCGUGCAGCGCUUUCCCGAGAAAGAUUGGCCGGACACUCCGUUUAUCGAGGGCAUUGAAUGGUUCUGCCAGCCGCUGGGAUGGAAUUUAUCGUACGAAAAGCAGGAGCCCAAGUUCUUCGUCUCCGUGCUGACGGACAUCGAUGCCAACAAGCACUAUUGUGCCUGCUUGAGUUUCCACGAGACGGUGGCCAUCACGCAGACGCGCAGCGUGGACGACGAGGAUGAAACGAUCGGGAGCAGCAGGCUGCUGGGGGCCACCCCCUCCUCAACGGAUGGCUUAGGUGCAACUGCCUCGCCGGCGUCCAUAACGCACCACAGCGUUAUGUAUGCUCCAAAGUGCCUGGUGCUCAUUUCACGAUUGGACUGUGCCGAGAUAUUUAAAAAUUGCCUGGGCACCAUUUAUACCGUGUACAUUGAGAACCUGUCCUACGGCUUGGAGACACUUAUUGGCAACAUUCUGGGAUGCAUCCAAGUUCCUCCAGCGGGUGGACCGCAGGUGCGCUUCUCCAUUGGAGCGGGAGAUAAACAGUCGCUGCAGCCUCCGCAGAGCUCCUCGCUGCCCACCACGGGCAGUGGAGUGCACUUCCUCUUCAAGCAGCUGGGCAUCAAGAAUGUGUUGAUCCUGCUCUGCGCCGUAAUGACGGAGAACAAGAUAUUGUUCCUCUCCAAAUGCUAUUGGCACUUGACGGACAGUUGCCGAGCUUUGGUGGCUCUGAUGUAUCCCUUCCGGUAUACACACGUUUAUAUACCCAUUCUGCCGGCGCCACUGAUGGAAGUGCUCUCCACACCCACCCCGUUCAUCAUGGGCAUACACAGUUCGCUGCAAUCUGAGAUUCCCGAUCUGCUCGAGGCAAUCGUCGUGGACUUGGAUGGCGGCCUAGUAACCAUUCCCGACACUCUCACUCCACCCGUUCCUAUACUUCCCUCACCACUGUGGGAGCAGACGCAGGAGCAGCUCAGCAUGAUCCUUUUCCCGAAUCUGGCUCAGGCGGAUCUGGCAUUCCCCACGCUCGAGCGGCCGUCUGCUCUGGCCAAGACUGACGCCCAGAUCGACAAGGAACUUCGCGCCAUCUUCAUGCGUCUCUUCGCUCAACUGCUACAGGGCUAUCGCUCCUGCUUGACGAUCAUUCGGAUCCAUCCCAAGCCAGUGAUAACCUUCCACAAGGCUGGUUUUCUGGGUGCGCGUGAUAUGAUCGAGAGCGAAUUUCUGUUUCGCGUUCUGGAUAGCAUGUUCUUCACCACAUUUGUCAACGAGCGAGGACCUCCGUGGCGUGCCUCCGAUGCCUGGGAUGAGCUCUACAGCUCGAUGAACGAGCUGGUCAAGACGGAGGCCCAGAAUCGGAAUCUCAUACUCACACAUAUCCAGGAACUGGGACGCGUUCUUUAUGAGAACGAAGGCAGCUUGGCUCACACUAGCUACAUGCAGAAGGUUCUCCGCCCGCCUGAGGGUGCCUUCCAGCGAAUCCACCAGCCCGCCUUCCCGCGAAUUAGCACCGAGAAGGUUGAGCUUAUCAUUCAGGAGGGAAUACGAAAGAACGGAGUGCCACAGCGCUUCCAUGUGACGCGUAAUCAGCACCGGAUCAUUCCGAUGGGACCCAGGUUGCCCGAGGCCUUGGACGUGCGUCCCAAUGUCCAAAACUCCGCCCGAAGACUGGAGGUGCUGCGCAUCUGUGUGUCGUACAUCUUCGAGAACCGGAUUACGGAUGCCAGGAAACUGUUGCCGGCUGUGAUGCGCACCCUGAUGCAUCGGGAUGCGAGGUUGAUCCUCUGCCGCGAGUUCUUUGGUUACGUGCAUGGCAACAAGGCGGUGCUGGACCAUCAGCAAUUCGAGUUGGUUGUGCGAUUUAUGAACAAGGCGCUACAUAAAUCAUCCGGGAUCGAUGAGUACACCGUGGCGGCGGCUCUGCUGCCCAUGUCCACCAUCUUUUGCCGGAAGCUGUCCACUGGAGUGGUGCAGUUCGCCUACACAGAGAUUCAGGAUCACGCCAUAUGGAAAAAUUUGCAGUUUUGGGAGUCCACAUUCUUUCAGGAUGUUCAGGGUCAGAUUAAAUCUUUGUAUCUGCUUCACCGUCGCCAGAACGAGCAUCAAAAGGAGGCCAACUGUGUGCUGGACGAGGUUCCUUUGGAGGAGCCCACGGCACUUGAGAUUACGGCCGAGCAACUGCGCAAAAGUCCCACCAUCGAAGAGGAGAAAAAGGCCGAGCUGGCCAAGUCGGAGGAGUCCACGUUGUACAGCCAGGCCAUUCACUUUGCCAACCGCAUGGUCUCCCUGCUGAUUCCGCUCGACGUAAAUGUGGAUGCCGCUAGUAAGCCGAAGCCUGCGUUUCGUCUGGAGGAAAACCAGAGUGUUUCCAAUAGUAUUAUGGGCUCGCACAGCCUAAGCGAACAUUCCGACGAAGGAUUCGUGGAGAACAAUGCCACGGAAAUUGGCGUCGCAGUUGCAAAGAAAAUAUCCCGCUUCAUUGACUGCGUUUGUACCGAAGGAGGAGUUACCUCGGACCACAUACGCAACCUGCACGACAUGGUGCCAGGAGUGGUGCACAUGCACAUUGAAUCCCUGGCGCCGGUUUAUCUGGAGGCCAAGCGUCAUCCGCAUGUGCAGAAGCCGAAGAUUCAGACACCUUGCCUUCUGCCGGGAGAGGACCUGGUCACCGACCACCUGCGCUGUUUCCUCAUGCCGGAUGGACGCGAGGACGAAACCCAGUGCCUGAUACCCGCCGAGGGAGCCCUGUUCCUCACCAACUACCGUGUGGUUUUCAAGGGCACACCUUGUGAUCCGUUCUUCUGCGAGCAGAUUAUCGUGCGCACCUUUCCAAUUGCUUCCCUGCUGAAGGAGAAGAAGAUAUCGGUACUGUACCUGGCUCACCUGGACCAAACGCUGACCGAGGGACUGCAGCUGCGUUCCAGCAGCUUUCAGCUUAUCAAGGUUGCCUUCGAUCCGGAAGUGACUCCGGAGCAGAUAGAGAGCUUCAGGAAGAUAUUGAGCAAAGCUCGUCAUCCGUUCGAUGAGUUUGAGUACUUCGCGUUUCAAUCGUACGGCACAAUGCUCCAGGGUGUGGCUCCGUUAAAAACAAAGGAGAAGUACUCCACCUUAAAGGGAUUCGCCAAAAAGACGCUGCUCCGCGGGGCGAAGAAGGCGGGAUUCAAGCAGAAGCAGCAGACCAAGCGCAAGUUGGUCUCUGACUAUGACUAUGGAACAGAUGCCCAGGAAACGCAGUCCAUCGACGAUGAACUGGAGGAUGGAGAUGAAUUCGAAACUCAAAACAAUGCCAUGCCCAGAUUGCUAACGACUAAGGAUGUGGAAAGAAUGCGGGAAAGGAGCUACGUGCAGGAUUGGAAGCGACUCGGUUUCGAUGCGGAGUCGCAGCGUGGAUUCCGUAUUAGCAAUGUUAAUACCAGUUACGCCGCCUGCCGCUCCUAUCCUGCGAUUAUUGUGGCACCCGUGCAGUGCAGCGAUGCGGCGAUAAUGCAUCUGGUUCGGUGUUUCAAGGGCCAGCGCAUACCACUGCCCACGUGGCGACAUGCGAACGGAGCCCUUCUCAUCCGAGGUGGACAACCCAACAGCAAGUCGGUCAUCGGAAUGCUGAAGAAUACCACGGGAAGCAACACGAACGCCCAUCACGAUGUGACGCAUUAUCCUGAGCAGGACAAGUACUUCCUAGCCCUGAUCAACACGAUGCCGAAGCUAACGCCGCUGGCUCUCAAUCAGUACUCCGGAAUGAACCUCUCGAUGAGCUCGUUGAUGGGUCAUGGACCUUCCGACGACCGACAGCCGCUUACUCCGGAGCUGUCGCGCAAGCACAAAAACAAUCUGGAUGUCAGCGAUGGCAGCAAAUCCAGUCAGGGAGGCAAGGGCGGCACCAUGAAGAGCAAUUCCAAGAACUCAUCAGCACACGCCUUCCGCAAGAUGCGUCUUUACGCAUUGGGAGAAAAAUCUCAGGCCAAGUCGAACAUGAAUGUGGACUUCUGUGCGGACUUUAUACCCGUGGACUAUCCGGACAUCAGGCAAUCGAGACCGGCCUUCAAGAAGUUGAUUCGGGCCUGUAUGCCAUCACACAAUACCAACGAAGCGGAUGGCCAGACCUUCGCCAAGAUGGUGGAGCAAUCCGAUUGGCUGCAGCAGAUCUCCUCGCUUAUGCAGCUCUCGGGUGCGGUGGUGGACCUCAUCGAUCUGCAGGAGAGCAGCGUGAUGCUGUCCCUGGAGGAUGGCUCCGAUGUGACUGCUCAGCUUAGUUCGAUUGCCCAGCUGUGCCUGGAUCCCUAUUACCGAAGCCUAGAUGGCUUUCGUGUGCUGGUGGAGAAGGAGUGGCUGGCCUUUGGCCAUCGCUUUGCGCAUCGUAGCAAUUUGAAGCCCUCGCAUGCAAACACAAACAUUGCGUUCGCACCCACUUUCCUGCAGUUCCUGGACGUGGUUCAUCAGCUGCAGCGCCAGUUUCCAAUGGCCUUCGAAUUUAACGAUUUCUAUUUGAGAUUCCUAGCCUACCAUUCGGUGUCAUGUCGGUUCCGCACGUUCCUUUUCGAUUGCGAGCUUGAGCGCUCUGAUUCGGGCAUCGCAGCGAUGGAGGAUAAGCGAGGAUCACUGAAUGCCAAGCAUAUUUUCGGAACCGGCGGCAUGGCGUCCAAUGGCUCCGAUGACGAGUGCAGUGUCUAUCCGCUGGACAUCAGAAGCCAGAGGACUCCUGCGCCCCUGAAUCGCAUCGGUCACUCCAUAUUCGAUUAUAUCGAAAGGCAGCACAUAAAAACACCAAUAUUCUACAAUUUCCUAUAUUCUGGUGACAAAAACGUUACGUUGCGACCGCAGAGCAAUGUGUCCAACUUGGAUCUGUGGAGCUACUAUACCAACGAGGAGUUGGCACAGGGAGCGCCGUACGAUCUGGAAGUGACCACUGUGGAUGACGAAAACGAUCUGUCCGAGAUGAAGGGAAAACGCAUGGUAAUUACGGCGGGCUAUGACAACGUGGAGAAGUGCAACCCCAAUGCCUAUGUUUGCCUGCUGAGCGAGGUGAAGCAAGCGGAGACGGAGCGAGGACAUCUUAUGCAAAAGUGGCUACAGGUGUGGAACAGUCUGGAGGUGCCACAACUAGAGCCAGUUGCUCGAAACAGUUCGCUGGGCAACAUCUUUGUGCAGACGCAUCAGCACAAGCGCUCUACAUUAGAGAUUAUCAUGAAGGGUCGACUGGCGGGAUACCAGGACAAGUACUUCCAUCCUCAUCGGUUCGAGAAGCAUCCGUACACCACGCCCACCAACUGCAACCACUGCAGCAAGCUGCUCUGGGGACCGGUCUGCUAUCGGUGCAUGGAUUGCGGCAACUCCUACCACGAAAAGUGCACCGAGCACUCCAUGAAGAACUGCACAAAGUACAAGGCCAUCGACGGCGCUGUCGGCCCGCCAAAUGUGAACAUGUCGCAGGGCGACACGGCCAGCAUCGCUUCCAGUGCCGCCACGACGGCGCGAACCUCCAGCCACCAUUUCUACAACCAGUUUAGCAGCAACGUUGCCGAAAAUCGGACGCACGAGGGACAUCUGUACAAACGUGGUGCACUGCUCAAAGGAUGGAAACAACGCUGGUUCGUCCUGGACUCGAUAAAGCAUCAACUGCGAUACUAUGACACUUCUGAGGACACUGCUCCCAAGGGCAUAAUUGAACUGGCUGAGGUGCAAUCAGUAACUGCCGCACAACCUGCACAAAUUGGCGCAAAAAGCAUAGACGAGAAAGGAUUUUUUGAUCUUAAAACAUCAAAGCGCACCUAUAAUUUCUACGCGAUCAAUGCAAAUCUUGCACAGGAAUGGAUCGAGAAGUUGCAGGCGUGUUUGCAAUAAACAGACGGGGAAAAUAUCAUUAUUUUUUCAACAUUUUCCUUUGCGUUCUGUAUGCCAUUCGGAAGUUUUGUUGUAGUGUAAAUCAGUAUGUUUCCAGUUCUACGUAUUAAUAUUUUGAAUCUGUGGCUCUGACACCAUAUCAUAGCUAAACUAUCACCUUAGAAUUUCCUUAGUUGAUUUAAGAAAUCGCUCGCACCCAUUAACAUAAAUGUUAGCAACAAUUAUGCCCAGCAAAAAGCGAAAAGUUAGUUAAAGAAUGAAAUCCAUCUGUAAAUGUGAAUGUAAAGAAACUAUAAAAUGAUGUGAUUAUAUAAACAAACAAAUACCAGACUAUAUGAUAAAUUAACGAUAAAAUGGAAAAGCCACGCCCGCAAGUUUUUGAUAUCAUUUUUUUUAUACAUAUACAUAAUCCUUAUGCCUGAACUAUAUAGGUUUAUAGUGAAUUUACCAAAGAUUAUUCCACCUUUGUUGCGCAAUUGAAACGCAUUUCUUGAUUGCUUCCUUUAAACUAAACCCUAUUAUUAAACGCUUUCCUUUAUUUAUAUACUACAUGGUAAUCAAUAUAAUACAUACUUUAAUGCAAUUAUUUGUGGCUUACAAACGAUAAUAUACAUUUUUAAACAAA